CCCCCCCCCCAGAAUCUGCCGCAGAAGAGGAAACCGGAUCAGAAGUAAACGAAGAGGAGGACGGGACUCGAAGGACGAGACGGGCCUUUACUGGGAGAGGGAGAGGCGGGGCAGCGUGAGCAGGAGACUCUGCGCCUCUGUCCCCCCCCGGACACUCACAGUGGGUAGCCGUGUCCCCGUUUGACCCUCCCCCCAAAAUGGCAGAGUGACUCCACCUCCCAUCCUCACAUCCUGCGUGCCAUUCAUCAGCUGACCUCGCUGGGACGAGCCGUUUCGGCAGGGGGGUGGCGGCCUGUGGAGGACCGCCUCUAAACACCUCUCGGCCGCGACUAGGAGCUGUUUGGCAGGUCUGAGCGGACGGGCCGGCCCGUGCCUGGGCUCAGCGAGGGGCCGAUCCACCUUCCAUCUCGGACCUCGGGCCACGGUCGCUCCCCGGAGCGUCCCGGGCGCCGCUAUGGCCGUCAAUGUGGCCAUGGGCCGCGACACCAAGUGGCUGACCCUGGAGGUCUGCCGGGAGUUCCAGCGCGGCACAUGCUGCCGGUCCGACACCGAGUGCAAGUUCGCCCACCCCUCCCGCAGCUGCCACGUGGACAACGGGCGCGUCAUCGCCUGCUUCGACUCGCUUAAGGGGCGCUGCACACGCGACAACUGCAAGUACCUGCAUCCCCCGCCCCACCUGAAGACGCAGCUGGAGAUCAACGGUCGCAACAAUCUGAUCCAGCAGAAGACGUUCAUGCUGCCUGGAGCACUGCUGGAGCCCAUAGCGCUCCCAGCGGCGGCCCUGCAGCCGCUACCAAAGAGGACGAGUGUGGACAAGGCCAACGGGGCAGCCCCCGCCAUCUUCAGCCCCGGCGUGAUCCACUACCAGCAGGCCCUGGCCAACAUGCAGCUGCAGCAGCAGGCCUUCAUCCCCACUGUUCCCAUGAUGCACGGCGCCACGCCCUCCACUUUGACGUCGGCCACGACACCAGUCACCAACGUCCCAUUCGCUGACACCUCAGCCUCCAAUCAGAUGCCCCAAUUAUCAGUAGAUGAACUGAAUAGCAACAUGUUUGUAUCACAGAUGUAACCAAUGAAAGUAGAAAAUAGACCCCAACGAGGUUCUGAGCAUUGGCCCAGUGGAUCUUCAUUGUGUCCCCAUGGAAAGUCCAUUCCACCCCAUCCUGGAAGUGUUGGUGGCAACUCAGGUGGCUCUGAACCCAGUAAGCCUUUCACGGAACCCAAGCUAAAUGACCUUCACCGUGCCGACCCUAAAUCCCACCCAGGGACACAAAAGUUAGUCGAAAACGAAAAACUUGUGCCUGAUCUGGAUCAGGAAUUGGCGAUAAUAUGGACCCAUGAUGAAUUUGUGACCUACAGUCACUUAGACGAUACCAAGUAGAUUGCAGAAAUAAGCCAUGCUGAGAUUAACACCAAACGGUGUCCCACACGCAGCAAAGGAACCCGUCACUGAGGCAGAGAUGGGCAGCGGAACUGGCGUGAAGCACUCGUUAAUCUGAAACCAUAGUGAUGACCCAGUAUGGCUCUUCACACGUGAUAGACAGUGAGCGCGUAGCCGGGUACGAGCCGAGGACGCGUUUACACGAACCAGCACACCUGAAUGUCUGUUCAUUCGAAAU